GGAGAGUGAGUUACACUGAGACUCAGGACUGGUUUUCCUCUCGGUAUAAACACGCGCACACGGCUGGUAACACCAGGAAUACAGUUUUGGAAUCAUAUCAUAUCGCUGUAUAUUCCUAGAAAGCUGCUCUGAACCAGACAAAGGAUGACAAACAUCUCACGAUAUCUUGUCAACCACCUGCUGACAUUCUCACUCCAGGACGGGGAAGUGCAGAAUGUGGAGGAAGCCCAGUCACGCCUCUCCUCACUGGCUCAGAACAAAAAGCUGUGGAGCCAACAGAUGUUCCUGGAUGUGGGAGAGAAGGCCAUCCAUCUCCGAGACACGCAGAACCAGGACGAGCUGGAGAACUACUCUUUGAAAUCCAUCUUCCGCUGCGAUGCCAUAAGCACAGAAAAACACUUCCCGUCCCUCCUUCAGUUGGUCUGCCAAAGUGCGGACCAGAAGAAGCCGGACAUUCUCUUCUUCAACUGCGAGACUGCGAAGGCAGAGCAAGUCUGUGACGACAUCACACGCGCAGUUUCGCAUUCCUCCACUGGCAGGCGUAAGAAGCCCGAUGCCCUCAGACUUCCUCAGAGUGGGGGAGAGAUGAUCGACCCGUAUGAAAUCCCGAGCCACCCCAUCCCACAUGCUCCGAACGCACCACCAUCCAACCCUCCGCCGUACCCUGGACCCAGAGCGAACGGGAUAAACGGCGGACAGGAUAUCUCCUUCCUGAGAGCAGAGAGAGAAGUGGGGAUCCUCAACCACUGUUUCGAUGACAUCGAGAACUUCAUGGCCAAGCUGCAGCAGACUGCGGAGGCUGCCACCGUGCUGUACCAGAAGAAGAAGAAGAAGAAGAGAAGUAAAAAGUACAGCGCCGAAGAAGAUUUACUCACUGCGAAGGCGCGCCCUCCACCAGAGGAGGAAUUCAUCGAUAUCUUCCAGAAAUUCAAAUAUUGCUUCACCCUGUUGGCCCGUCUGAAGUCAAGCAUCUCCAAUCCGUCAUCAGAGGAUCUUGUUCACCACAUAUUCAAACCUUUGGAUAUGAUGGUGAGUACGACAGGGGGACCCACUCUCGGAGCCUCAGUGUCCAGCCCCGCCCUGUCCAGCUCUGCUAUCUCCCUGCUGCAAGACAACCUGAGCGAGGGGGAGAGGCAGCUGUGGACGUCUCUGGGUCCCAACUGGACGCUGCCACGCUCUCAGCUCAGAGGGCCUGUCGCUCCCUACACACCUGUGUUCUUGGACGGUUGGAAGCCGGAAGCCUCGAGGGCAGACGGGCAGGUUUGGGAGGAUCCGGUCGAGUCACAGCACAAACACGAAGCCCUCAGAGUAAAACAAGUGCUGCCCAGCGGUCCUCCAGACAUCCACAUCGGCGAUGAAACGGACGACAGCACACUCCCUGCACAGCCGGACAGACUCUACAGCUGCACCUACGACUUCAUCGCCAGGAACAGCAGUGAGCUUUCAGUGCAGCAGGGGGAGACACUCGAGGUCAUUGAAUCGUCCAAGCGCUGGUGGAAGUGUCGUAAUCGAUUCGAGCAGAUCGGAUUUGUUCCCUUCAACAUCCUGGAUCCUCUGUCUCACGCAGAGAGCCCCGUCACCAAUAAACCCCCCAGUGCUCCAGCUCCGCUCGCCAAGACGUUCUCUGCAGUCCCACCCAGCCCUCCUGCCCUGCCCCAGGCCCCCACCCUCUCCCCCAAGCGCCCGCACAGCUUACUGCUUUACAGUCAACAUAUACCAGCUACAGAGGACACAGAAAAUAAAGUCAUGCUGAUGAAUGACGAGCUGCUCCAGAGGCUGACCAACGGAAAGACCAAUGUGAACAAACCUCUGGUCAUCCCUCGUUCCUCGGAGACCUCCGUGCCUUUGGACUACCACUCUCCUCCAGAAGAGGUGGCCGAGUGGCUCCAAGGGAAAGGCUUCAGCGAGCCGACGGUGAAAUGUUUGGGAGUGCUGACAGGCGCUCAGCUCUUCUCCCUCAACAAGGAGGAGCUACGAGCUGUGAUUCCAGACGAGGGCGCCAGAGUGUACAGCCAGCUCACUGUGCAGAAGUCACUGCUGGAGGAUGCCAGAAGGUCCACAGAGCUGGAGGAGGUCAUGGAGAAACAGAAAAUGAAGGUGGAUCUGAACCCGCAGAGCAGCACUUUGUGAGCAGCAGACGUCACAUGAAGGAUUGUGUCGUUGGAGGACAAACAUGCGACUUGUCUGCGAAGCUAUAAAAAGGGACUUUGACAUAAUAAUUUCAUCUUAAAACCAAAGUGUUUGGCAGCGAAUCAGAAAUUGAAGCUGCGCAAAUUUAACAUUUUAACAUUGAAGGACACUAUUUGUAAUAUAUGUCCAUUUUAAUGUGAAUAGUUUCCUUGGGUCUCAUUUCUGCCUAGUAACUAACUUAAAUGAAAUGUAUUUAUCUUUGUUUGUAGAAUACUUGUGCAAUAAUUCCCCCAUGAUUAACGAGAGAAAGGUCAGCAGACAAUAAAAAUUGAAAUGGUGAUAUUUUUCUUUUUUUAUUCGAGACUUUA